GUGCAACAUAGUACUCGCAGAAUCCUUCUUGAACAGCAGCAAGCUCCACGUGAUGCACAUAUUCGGCAGACGAUUCACGGGUUACAGACGUGCUGUGACCUUUCUUUCCCUACUGCAAACAGAUUAAACAGGGCUGAUUAACUGAGGCUCAAAACACUGGGUUGUUUUCUCUUAUGAGGGUCUUUGACAAAUCCUCCCUCAGCCCUCCCACUUUAUUCACUUGCAAAUGGCCCUGCCCAAAGGGUUCUGCACAGCCCAUCCUCAAACCUGGAGCCCUGCAGCGCCAUCAGCUGCAAUAUCUUCUUAUAUGAGCGGCGUUUCUUAUUAAUCAGAAACGCGGAAUGGAAGCCAAUCAGAGAGUUCCUUUGGUUUCAGAUGCCUGCCUGUCUGAGUUAAAAGUGGUGCUGAAAGAGAGGCACAGUGAGAUGCAUGAAGAUUCGGCUGGGAAGGCACUAUGAAAAGAGGAGAGAAGGAAUGAGGCAGAAGCAAUAGCAGAAUCGAGUCGCCUGCUGAGCGAGGCUAACUCAGUUCUACUGCUAAACAAGAACAUACAUUGAAAUUUUCAUCCUUCUGAAGUUGAAGAUAAUGAGGACUUACCAUUGCCUUCCACUGAUCAUCUGGACUUGCAUGCUUCAUACAGUUGACAACAGCCCAGUACAAGCAAAGGAUAACAGUCACUUACUAAGAAGGAUAGUGAAUCUGACAAAAGAUGAUGGGAAAAUGCUCCAUCGCACCAAGCGUGGCUGGAUGUGGAACCAGUUCUUCUUGUUAGAAGAGUACACAGGUACAGAUACUCAGUAUGUAGGAAAGCUUCACACUGACCAAGAUAAAGGAGAUGGAAAUUUAAAAUACAUUUUGACAGGAGAUGGGGCUGGCAAUCUGUUCGUUAUAGAUGAAAAUACAGGAGACAUUCACGCUGCAAAGAAAUUAGACAGAGAAGAAAAAUCCCUCUACAUUCUUCGUGCCAAGGCUAUAGACAGAAAGACUGGGCGGCAAGUGGAGCCGGAAUCUGAAUUCAUCAUUAAAAUCCAUGAUAUCAAUGAUAACGAGCCAAAAUUCGCAAAAGACUUGUACACAGCCACUGUUCCUGAGAUGUCUGGAGUUGGUACCUCUGUUAUACAAGUGACUGCCACGGAUGCAGACGAUGCCAACUAUGGGAACAGUGCCAAAGUCGUCUACAGCAUACUUCAAGGGCAGCCAUAUUUUUCAGUGGAUCCAGAAUCAGGCAUAAUAAAAACUGCAUUACCAGACAUGAGCAGAGAAAACAGAGAGCAAUAUCAGGUGGUUAUUCAGGCCAAGGACAUGGGCGGCCAGAUGGGAGGUCUUUCUGGAACAACCACAGUGAACAUCACCCUCACGGAUGUCAACAACAACCCUCCUCGGUUUCCGCAGAGUACUUAUCAAUUUAAUUCUCUGGAGUCUGCACCCCUUGGAACUCAUCUUGGAAGGAUAAAAGCCAAUGACCCUGACACUGGGGAGAAUGCCGAGCUGGAAUACAGCAUUUCUGAAGGAGAAGGAUCAGACAUGUUUGAUGUGAUCACUGACAAAGAUACACAGGAGGGGAUUAUCACUGUCAAACAGAAUUUAGAUUUUGAAAAGAAAAUGUUAUAUACAUUAAGAGUGGACGCAAGUAAUACCCACCCAGAUCCUCGAUUCUUACACCUUGGGCCUUUCAAAGACUCAGCCAUGGUUAAGAUAUCUGUGGAAGAUGUAGAUGAGCCUCCUGUGUUCAGUAAGCUUUCCUACUUGAUGGAAGUGGAUGAAGAUGUGAAGGAGGGAAGCAUUGUUGGACAAGUCACUGCAUAUGACCCAGACUCUAUGAACAACAUAAUAAAAUACUCUGUUGACCGGCAUACUGAUAUGGACCGUGUUUUCAGUAUUCACUCAGAAAAUGGCUCUAUCUUCACUCUGAAGCCCCUGGACAGGGAAUCAUCCCCUUGGCACAAUAUCACAAUUACAGCCACAGAGAUUAAUAACCCAAAACAAAGUAGCCAAAUUCCUGUCUUCAUCAGAAUUCUUGAUAUAAAUGAUCAUGCUCCGGAAUUUGCCAUGUACUAUGAAACAUUUGUUUGUGAAAAUGCAAAAUCUGGGCAGUUGAUUCAAACAAUAAGUGUCAUGGACAAAGAUGACCCUCCCCGAGGACACAAGUUCUUCUUUGAGCCAGUGCCAGAAUUUCCUCUCAACCCAAACUUCACAAUUGUAGACAAUAAAGAUAAUACAGCAGGAAUCAUAACUCGAAAAGAUGGGUACAGUCGCACCAAAAUGAACACCUACCUCCUGCCAGUUUUAAUCUUUGACAAUGAUUACCCUAUUCAAAGCAGCACUGGCACACUCACUAUCCGCGUGUGUGCGUGUGAUAAGCAAGGAAACAUGCAGUCCUGCAACGCCGAGGCCCUGAUGCUUGCUGCCGGCCUGAGCACAGGAGCCCUCAUUGCGAUCCUGCUUUGCGUCCUCAUCCUGCUCACUCUAAUAGUGCUGUUUGCUGCAUUGAAGAGGCAACGAAAGAAGGAGCCUCUGAUCAUUUCAAAGGAUGACGUCCGGGACAAUAUUGUGACCUAUAAUGAUGAAGGUGGUGGAGAGGAAGAUACCCAGGCUUUUGACAUUGGCACAUUAAGGAACCCGGAAGCAAGAGAAGACAGUAAACUCAGAAGAGAUGUCAUGCCUGAAACUAUUUUUCAGAUAAGAAGGACUGUACCCCUCUGGGAAAAUAUUGAUGUACAGGAUUUUAUCCACCGGAGAUUAAAAGAAAACGACUCAGACCCAAGUGCACCUCCUUACGACUCCCUGGCCACUUAUGCCUAUGAAGGGAAUGAUUCUGUAGCCAAUUCGCUCAGCUCCUUAGAAUCUCUCACAGCUGACUGUAACCAGGAUUAUGAUUACCUUAGCGACUGGGGGCCUCGGUUCAAAAAACUCGCAGAUAUGUAUGGUGGUGAUGAGAGUGACCGGGAUUGAGUCCUGUAUGACUUGAACAACUAGUGGAAAUACUCUUUGAUACCAGAUUGAGUGGCCUGUAUUAUCCUUUUUUUGGAGGAAAUUUUUGAAAAUCAACUCCAAACAAUACAUAAGUGUUGUCUUAGUAAGGUUUGCUUAAUCAGUAAGUUUCUGUGAAUGAGUAUGAAUGACAUAGAUUUUAAAACAGUAAUAACAACCUUUCACCCUCUUUGCCUAAUGAGCUUGGAAAAUAUAUCACAUUAAUAAUCAAUAAAAAAUCUUGAAAGGCUUUUUGUGCCUUGUCUUAGUAUAGGGAAUUUAUAAAUGUUUUAUUAACUGAUUGCCAGUCACAUAUACUAUUAAAUUAAAUAUUGUGCAACUGCUUUGUAAAUUAAUAUGAAAGAAAAUAUACCUAAUGAGAUUAGAAGUGACUAUUACUGCCAUAUUUAUUUAGUUGAAAGAUGUCUUUGUGUUAAUUCACUCAUAUUUUUAUAAAUGUAUAUUUAUAUUUUUGUAUUUUUAUGAAAUAAACUAAUAUUUAUAAAAAUAAAUUUCAUUUUACUUAAUUCCUUGGAGCAGCUGAUCUCACAACAGAAGUGUUUUAUCUCUCUGAGUGUAAAACACGAUUUACUCAGGGAAAAGCAGCUGAGAAGUCACUGCAGAAGACACGGAUGUCAUCUGAGAGAGCUCUAGGGAUGAACUGUGCUGUGAAUUGUUCUUCCUCUGUUUUGAUUGUUUGACUGUUUAUUGAACUAAUGAUGUCUACUCAUAGAUAGAAUAUAACAUCAAUUUGGAAUACACAGUAUUAUCUAUACGGUUAUGGACAAUAAACUAAGUUUUUGCAAGAUUUAUCAAACCAUGCAUUGUAUUUGAAUAAGUGGAGUCUAAAUCAAAGAUGCUGCAGAGAAAAGAAAGAACCCCAAAUCAUUUU